GGCGACAAUACAAAACUGUCACGAGAAAAUGGUAGGCUGAGAAAAUACACAAAAUAGGCUAUACGGGUGUUGGACAAUGAACGCAAAGGAAAUCAUUCAUCAUGCUAAAGAGUUAGAGAAACUCCAUAGAAAUGGAAACUACCACGAUAUAUUACCUCUCCUUUCGCUUCUAUUAGACGCGCAUGUCUCUUUAGAACAUCUCCAAAACACUGACAUCGCGCAUGUCCUCUACCGACUGGUCAAGUCCUGCCCAGACACAAACGUGAGGAAAACCUCUAAAGUCCUUCUUUCGAAAUGGAAACGGUCAUACAGCCAUGCACAGAUUCAUAUCAGCAGACCAAUCCAUGCUGGUGCACCUGCCAAAUCAAAAGCAGAUGAAUCUACUGAACUUCUGAAUAGACCUACGUUCACAUCUUCAUCAAAUAAUCCAAGAAAUGAACUGGCCACAGGUGAUGUACCAUCUGCAAAAGAAACUUCAGACAGACGGACUGAAUCUCAGAUACAUCCUGAAGAUGGUGGAAUAGCAUCUUGUGCCACGCCUGGCGAACAGAUGACAAGAGAGUCAUCCUUUCAAGAGUCAGCGACUAAGUUCGGCCAUGUGGAGACCCCCUCUGUACCCAUCACCUCAGAGCUCUGCCCAGUUCGAGAGAAAUGUGCCCAGCUACUUCAGCAGGCACUGACCCCUGAGAAGGAUCCAGAGAAUGCACACACAUCAGACACGUUGGCAGCACUGGCCUGCAACAUUGAAAGUCACAUCCAUGCGGUGCAUGGCACAAACAUGCCCAAAUACAAGGCCUGUGUGCGGAGCAAGGUGGCAAACCUGCGCAAUCCAAAGUGCCCUCAUCUCAGACAGGGUCUGCAGUCAGGCCGUCUGACCCCAGAGGACUUUGCCCGCAUGUCGGCGGCAGACAUGGCAGGGGAGGACUUGCGGAGGGAGAGGGAGGCGUAUGUGGCCGCUGGCAUUAAUGAGUGCCAGCUGCCGCGUGGCGUGGAGGGCACUCGGACCCGUAAGCUGCGCUGCAAGCGGUGCCAGGGCAUGGAGUGUCGGGUGACGCAGAUCUCACGGGGCACUCUCUUCCUUCCCGCCUGGGUGCGGCAGGGGAACCCCGGCGAAGAGGCCAUGACCUUUGUGACGUGUUCAGGAUGCGGGCAGCAGUGGUAUCAGAGUGGCUGGGUCUGCUUCUGACCUGAGGACAGUGGUGUUGAGCUCACACACGGAGACACUACAACAGUGUUAUUGUGAUGUCAAAGCUGAAAUUUCUAUUUUUGUCGAAUAAAAUGAAAUUA